UUUUUUGCGCCCAGACAGGGUUGCGCGUGGAGCCCGGAGGGAGCGAGUUCCCACGCGGGCGCUGAGCCCCGCGGCUUCCCUCCGAAGAGCUCCGCUUCCGGAGCCGCCUGGCAGCCUGGUGGUCCGGGGCAUGGCUUCGGCGGGCAGCGGCAUGGAAGAGGUGCGCGUGUCGGUGCUGACCCCGCUGAAGCUCGUCGGGCUGGUGUGCAUCUUCCUGGCGCUGUGUCUGGACCUGGGCGCCGUGCUGAGUCCAGCUUGGGUCACGGCCGAUCACCAGUACUACCUGUCCCUCUGGGAGUCCUGCCGCAAGCCCGCCAGCUUCGACAUCUGGCACUGCGAGUCCACGCUCAACAGCGAUUGGCAGAUUGCUACUCUGGCUUUACUCUUGGGCGGUGCUGCCAUCAUUCUCAUUGCAUUCCUGGUGGGUUUGAUUUCUAUCUGCGUGGGAUCUCGAAGGCGCUUCUACAGACCUGUUGCUGUUAUGCUUUUUGCCGCUGUUGUUUUACAGGUCUGCAGCCUGGUUCUUUACCCAAUCAAGUUCAUUGAAACUGUGAGCUUGAAAAUUUACCAUGAGUUCAAUUGGGGUUAUGGUCUGGCUUGGGGUGCAACUAUAUUUUCCUUUGGGGGUGCCAUCCUUUAUUGCCUGAACCCUAAGAACUAUGAAGACUACUACUAAGAACCAGUUGUCUACACUUUUAAAAAUCAACAUCAUCAUCCAAAAGAAGAGUUAUGUCUGCAUUUUUUCUAUGUCACUAUUUUCUAAAACACUUGUGGAGCAUCAAGCAGUUUGCUCAGUUGAUUUAAUAUCUUUUGCCUUUUGGCUGUCAAUACCAUAACCAGCUUUUACAUUCAUUUUAGGGACCUGCACAAAUUAAGAGAGCUGAUUAGACAUAGGCAAAUGCUGCAAACGUCCAAUAUGUUCGUGUCAUUUUUCUUGACAAGUGAAGGGUCUGUAUGAUAGCAACUGCUAGGAGAAACUAGUUAGGAUGAGAAAUGCCUGAAUCUCCUAUUGCCUGCAGGGGAGCAGCUGGCAUAAGCAACAUUUAGAAGUUCCUUUUACACUCACAAGGUUUCCACUGUUAGGAAUCCUUAUUGCCUGCUUAUCCCAGCCAAUGACUACAUUGGCUGUUGGUUAUUUGCUUGAGUAAUCUCUUGAAAAGAGAACUAACUGCCUUUCUGUAUCUAAUGGGAUUUCUGAAUGUAAGUGGUUAAUGAUACAUAUUCCACCUUCAAGAAUAUUCUGUUAUAUGGGAAAUUCUGCUCUGGCAAUCAGCAUCUUCUGGGAAGGGAGCCACAUGUGCUUCUCAUUAGAUGGUUAGAAUUUGUGCCUCAGCCAUAUCUGCUUUGCCUGGGGCAACUAGAAAGAACUGCGCAUGAGUUGCUUUUGUCCUGAGUACCCUUUAAAUCAUUUAACAAACAUUACAGCAAACAACCGUGCAUAUGUAACAAGCUUAAAUAUUUUUAUAGAAGGUAAACAUUUAGUAUAAAUGGUAAUAAGUUGUUUCCUAGCCUUCCACAUGCAUUUGCCUAUUACAUGUAAAAUUAAUAUUUGCUCUAGUGAAGUGAUUUGAACACUAACCUUGUACACAUUAUUAAGAGGCUUAGAUUGGUAUGUACACUUAUUUAUCAAACAGAAGUACAUAUACUGUAACCCUUUAACUCUAUGUUCUCUACUGUUUCACUGGAAAGUUUUAAUAGAAUUAUGUAAGAAAAAUUGAAAUGGUGUUAAUCUAAAAAUGAAUGAUUCAGUAAGCAUUGUAGUACAAAGGAGAGUAAUAAUUAGGAUGACAAUUUUAUUUAAAUUUCAUUAAAUUAGAAGGCUGCCUUUUUAAGUAUUUUAAAUGUAUUCAUUAAAAAUAAGGGAAUAUAGUGAUAGAUUUAUAUAGAUGUCUCAGUAGAGAAGUAGAAAUCAUCUGAUUGUCACCUGGUCCUCUGAAGUUAACUAAUGGGCUAACUGAUUUGUGCACACAAUUCUGAGGGAUUUAUGUGCUGUGAAUCAUUUUUGUUGACUGUGCUAAUGGAAGGAAAUAUCAACAAUAAGGAAUAAGUUUGCAACUAAUUUCACACUGCAAACUUGUGUGUUGAAAUCCUGUUUAAUGUACAAAUUUGGAUAGUUUCAUCAUAAACAUAUUUUUAUAUCAAAUAUACAGUUCUAAUGUAAAAGUUAUAAAUAAUUAUUUUUGUUAACAAAGACAUGAGAACAGUAUGCCCCGGUUUUGGCCUUCUUGCAGAAAGAAGCAUUAGAAAAAUUAUUUGAGCUCAACCUGUGUUCUAUCAUAUUGAAAAAUAAGAGCCAGGACCACAUCAAGAGCAUUUAAUAAUUUGAUUUACCUCCCAAAGCUAAGUUCUGUUUCCAUCUUCUCUUAAGACAUAUUGCCAAAAUAAACAAGCAAAUAAAAACUAUUUUAUUAUUCAAAUACUUAAAAAGAAAAAAAUUCUUGUGACUUUUCUAUAGAAUUGAAAACUAAAUAUAAAGAACCAGGCUUAUUCUUAUUUUAGCAAUGAUGGCAAAAGUAAUUAAGUGAAUCCUAGAGAGAAGCCUUUAUAAAAGUAUAUGAUUCGACAUAGAGUCAUAUUAAACUUUGAAUUUUUUUCAGAAACAGUGUUGUAGAAUAUUUUGAAACUGCUUUCUUGAAGAAGAGUAAAAUUUGGGCCACACUGUCUUACAGUUAAUUGCAUAUUGUCAGAGCAGCAUGAGAAAUAUAUUUAUUGGUGAGGGAUUUUGGGUCCUAAACAUUCUCUCUUGUGAGAGGAUCACUUUAUUCCUGAGUAAUGGGAAUACCAUAAUUUAGUGCCGAUAUCAAUGAGGCACUUUUCUUAAUCCUAAUACAGGAUGCAGUUUGCUAUGAGACAGGGAUCACUUCUUGAAUCUUUCCAAGAUUUUAUUCUCUGUCAAGAUGACAAGCUGGAAAGUGAAAGAAUGUUAAAGACUAAGGCACACAUAUUUGCAGUUUAUUGAAAGUAAAUUUCUUACAUAAUUUCCCCCAUUUCUACCAUUAGUAAUACCUGAAAGCAUGGCAUUACUAAUAAGUUCAGUACAUGAAAAUUGUUACUCCUAUGAAGUAAUGUUUUUGUCAAUCAGAAUAAAACAAAAGUGAGUUUUUCACCUACAUGAACUUUUGUCUUUGCAUCUGUACAUUUGUUUGAUGUUUUCUUAAAAGCAAAACUGUUAACUCCAGACUCAUUGUCUAUUUUGGAGUGAGAGAUGGUGAGAGCAAGAGAGAGAGACAUAAACAGGCAUAUAGCAUACAGUACUCAGCAGGGCUAGUUAUUUGGAUUUCUUGCACAACUCUUUAGCUUUUUCUAUGUUCAACAUGUAAAUUUUAAAGACAUAAAUAUAGAGAGACCUAUGUGUUUGAAAUAUAAAUGCUAUAUAUGGACUAGCAUGUAUCUUGUAUAUUAUUAAACAUGCAAUGAACUGAUUGGUAAGUGAUGUCUAAUUGUAUGGCUAGCAAUGUAAUUUAUUCAGACUGUAUUUUUGUACAGAGCAGUGCACACUAACCUAUGCCUCUGUGUCCUCUUUAAUGCCUAAAACUGUGCCUAGAAAUUUCAUUUGUCUUAAAAAAUAAAAUCUACUUCAUAAUGUU